AUGAGUGCCGUACAGAAGCUUCGUCGCGACCGUUUCCGCUCGCAGGCCUACGCCAAGGCUGCCCAGGCUCUUCGAGCCCACGGGGAGCCAAUUGCGAGCGGUGCUCAAGCCAAGGGCAUCCCGGGCAUUGGCUCGGGCAUGGCCAACCGCAUUGACGUGAUUUUGGCGACGGGUGAGCUCAACGAGCUGGAGGAGUUGAAAAAGGACAGCGAUGUGAUUGCCCUGCGUGAACUUCGCUCGGUGUGGGACCUAGUGCUCGUAGAAGUGCACGGCAUUGGAGCAGUUCGCGCAGCUGAGUUUGUGGAGAGGGGCAUUCGCUCGCUUGCGCACCUGCGGGAAGCCUCGGCCAAGAACCAGGUGCACCUCGACGCUGCCCAGGUGAUUGGACUGCGCCAUUGUGAGGAAUUUAUGAAGCGGAUUCCAUAUGCGGAGAUGAAGGAGCACCAUGACAAGCUUGAAGCCUGUCGCCUGAGCAACCCGAAGUUACUUCUCACAGUUUGUGGUUCCUACCGCCGUGGUCGACCCGACUGUGGUGACAUUGACGUUCUGAUCAGCCACCCGGAGUACACCACAGCCAAGCGCGACGCGAAUGCGGGGGGUAAACUCCUGCAUGCCUUUGUAGAGUCGCUGAAGCAUGCCGGGUACGUGACCGCAGACCUGGCCUUCGGCAACACAAAGUUUAUGGGAGUAUGCAGGCUGUCAGGAGAAGAGCGGCUGCACAGGCGGCUGGACAUCCGCUGCCUGCCCCAUGACCAGUACCACUUCGGUCUGGGACCCAACGAGUGGGCGCAGAGGACUUUGCCCGAGUUUCUGCUGAUGAGCAUGCAGGACUCAUCUAACAGGAAGAAAAGCAUUGCUGCCACACCUUGGCAGAAAUUCGAGCUCUCCAUCGCAGAGGUCCAGCUGGAAGGCGAGGUCAACUUGAUUGGCAAGAAGGAUGAGCCAAUGUUUCAGUUCGACAUCGACCUUGGCAUGCGUGUGGACGUUGAGAAGAAAGUUGUAGAUCGGCCCAGAAACGAUGACACAGACUACUGGCCGGGCAUCGCACAGAUUGUGCACUUCGACAACGAGAACCUGAAGCCACCGAUCAUUACUCGGCUGCAAGAGCUACCAGAGGAUGUGGCGCCCGAGGUGAACUGGUAUCUUCAGGAGGGGAUGGGCCGGCAGUUCAUAUGGCACGGAUUAGCCAGAUGGCACGCGUAUGCAGUCCAAAAGUGGCUCAAGCAAGAGAGGCCGCCUACUGUGGAGGAUCCACGUGAAUGUCCCUUGCCAGCUCCAUCCUUUCCCCCGUUUCUUGCGGAGGCCCGCAGGAGGUACGAGGACGAAAUUCGACAGAUCCUCUUAAAUUCUGAUGAUGAAGAGGAGGACGACAUGAAUCCCAGUUCCUUCAUCGAUGACCAGGACGUUGGCCUGUGCUUGCCGGCCGGGCCGGGCCAGAGCCAUGCGCUGAUGAAUUGGAGGAUGUUGUCGGAAGCCGAGGGUUAUCCCGAGUAUGUCAGCCCUCCAGUGUCCGAUGAUGACGACUUCGACCCCUCCGCGCCCUAUGAAUUCAGCGAGGGGACCUUUGAGCGCAAACGGAAGGGAGCUCCACCCAAGAUGAAGAAGUUCGGAAGAUAUCCGUUCCUCCCAUCCAUGCUGGCAGGUCUGGGUGGCCCUUCGAAGGACUGGCUGCCACCCAAGGAGCAUGCGAUUGGCCAUCCGGAAUGGUUUCAGAAUACCAGCAAGUCAGUCGUCCCCACCAAUGGGGUCACGCACUUGGACCACAUAUUGGAGAAGGCACGCAAACGCAGGGAAGAGCUUGCGGCCACCUCUGCAUACAAGCUCACUGCUAUGCGAGCGGCGGAUCUUUGCCUGGCUAUCGAGAAUGGAGACGCCAUGAAGGCCUUUGCCAAGCUCGACCAUGAGACGGCUAGUUGCCCUCACCCUGACACCGGGCGUUGCGCCGCGCACUACUGCAUCGCCAAGGACUCCCACGAGAUGCUACGCAUGGUGCUCGAGGCGCGGGCCGAUCCGGAUGCCCGCGACUCUUUUGGACAAACUGCCCUGAUGAUGGCUGCCAAGCAGGGCGACGAGGAGUCGGCCAAGAUGCUUUUGGAAGCUGGAGCGGACGCGACGCUGACGGACUCCUUGAACCGCACGGCCUCAGAGAUGGUGAAGGUUCUCCAGGCGCAAGAGGAGGAGGAGAAUCCCCUAAGGCACUGGCGGGAGAAGAUGGCUGGUGAACCCAUCCCAGAUGAUCCCGCGAAGAAGAGCAAGAACUUGAAGGCUUUGAUCGAUGACCGGGAGCGGCCGAAGAAAUACGGGGUUCUCUUGCUUGAUGCCCUGGUCCAAAGGGAUUUGAGGACGGCUGAGGCUGCAAUGGAGGCUGGUGCCGAUGUGAAUUUGCCGGACGACAGGGGCGACGCUGCCCUCCUGCUUAUUGUCAAGAGCAAGUGGAAAGACUCUCAAGGCUUGCAGAGCCGUCUGGUGAACAAGGUGUUCAAAGCCGGGGCGAGCUUAGACUUCCAGAAUCUACAGGGGAACUCCGCGUUGCACUUUGCGUCGCACCGAGGCAGCCUUGAGCUGAUCAAUGUGCUCUUAGGUUUGAGAGCCAAUCCCAGGCUCACGAACUCGGAGGGCAACACGCCCUUGAUGUAUGCGGCUCAUAGCGGUCACGAGGAAGUGUGUGCCGCACUGCUGGAAGCCGCGGCACCUGUGGACGUGAAGAACCGUGCCGGACUCACUGCCCAGACAAUGGCGGAGCGGAAGGGGUUCAAGUCCUGCGCUGCUCUACUUCACGCUUACGCGCUUGCACCGAAGCAGGGAGACGAAGUCAAAAAAGUAGAGGCAAAGCGGAAAGAUGCCAAGCCUCAAAAACUGGACUUCGACUACUCGAAAUGGGAUUCUCUGGAAAGAGAGAUGCGCGAAGAUGAGGAGGAAGAGCAGACAACUCGUAUGCGUGAGGCAAGUCAAGCUGUUCGAAGGCCGAUGGCCAAGUUUGAAGACCUGGGACCGGAGGCCUUCGGGCUACCUGCGGACACCCCUUGGCCGCCGGAUGCCUCGACGAGGAAGAAGGGACCCUUCGACUAUGGACAUUGGGACAAAAUCGUUGAUGACAUCGAGCGCCAAGAGAAAGUGCUGGACAGAUACGAUCGCUUGCAAAAGAACCCGCAGUAUGAGUACCGCGAUGGCCAGAAGAUGCAGGUGAUUUUCUGA